GCGAGAGGCAGCGGCCGCCCUGGAAGAGCUGGGGAAGGAUCGGGAGGCAGGAGUAGCGGCAGCUAAGGUGCGGCCGCCCCGGAGCCUGAGAGUGGCGGACUAUGACAGUGUCUUCUGCAGAGUCCCUCUCCGGUCCACCGACUCAGAAGCUUUCCUGAACCAUCUCUUGGCGGAACCGCCCUCAGUUUGGCUGAUCGAUGCUUGAAGGAAAGAUGGGUGAUAUUAACUUCAAAGAAGUGACUUUGAUAGUCAGUGUGGUUGCUGCCUGCUACUGGAACAGUCUGUUCUGUGGGUUUGUUUUUGAUGAUGUUUCAGCAAUACUGGAUAAUAAAGACCUGCAUCCAUCUACACCUUUAAAAACUUUAUUUCAGAAUGACUUCUGGGGAACUCCUAUGUCUGAGGAGAGAAGCCAUAAGUCCUACAGGCCUUUAACAGUGUUGACAUUUCGCUUAAAUUAUCUCCUCAGUGAGCUAAAACCCAUGUCUUACCACCUCCUGAACACAGUGUUCCAUGCCGUCGUCAGUGUGAUCUUUCUUAAGGUCUGCAGACUUUUUCUGGAUAAGAGGAGCAGUGUGAUUGCUGCUCUGCUCUUUGCAGUGCACCCAAUCCACACAGAGGCAGUUACAGGUGUUGUAGGAAGAGCUGAACUCUUAUCAUCUGUCUUUUUCCUAGCCGCAUUUCUGUCAUAUACUAAAUCAAAAGGACCAGAUAAUUCCAUAGUGUGGCCCCCGAUUGUACUGACAGUGCUCCUAGUGGCUGUUGCAACAUUGUGUAAAGAACAAGGAAUAACAGUUGUUGGCAUUUGUUGUGUGUAUGAAGUAUUUGUGGCCCAAGGGUACACUUUGCCGUUACUGUGUACCAUUGCUGGACAGUUUCUCCGCGGGAAGGGUGGCAUUCCAUUUUCUAUGCUGCAGACACUAAUCAAACUCAUUGUCCUGAUGUUCAGUACUCUCCUACUUGUCGUGGUCAGAGUCCAAGUUAUUCAGUCACAACUUCCAGUGUUUACAAGGUUUGAUAAUCCAGCUGCUGUAAGCCCAACCCCUACACGACAGCUUACGUUUAACUACCUCCUCCCUGUGAAUGCUUGGCUUCUAUUGAAUCCUUCAGAGCUCUGCUGUGAUUGGACCAUGGGAACAAUACCACUGAUAGAAUCAUUUCUAGAUGUUCGAAAUCUUGCCACUUUUGCUUUCUUUUGCUUUUUGGGGGCUUUGGGAAUAUUCAGUCUCAGAUACCCUGGUGACUCCUCAAAGACUGUCCUAAUGGCGCUUUGUUUAAUGGUGUUACCGUUCAUUCCCGCAUCAAACCUGUUCUUUCCUGUUGGAUUUGUUGUUGCUGAGCGAGUACUAUAUGUUCCUAGCAUGGGGUUCUGUAUUUUAGUAGCCCAUGGAUGGCAAAAAAUUUCAAACAAAAGUGUACUGAAAAAACUCUCGUGGGUUUGUCUGUCCAUGGUGAUACUAACCCAUGCCUUGAAAACACUCCAUAGAAAUUGGGACUGGGAGUCAGAAUAUACAUUGUUUAUGUCAGCCUUAAAGGUGAAUAAAAACAAUGCCAAAUUAUGGAAUAAUGUGGGUCAUGCUCUGGAGAAUGAAAAGAACUUUGAGAAAGCUUUGAAAUACUUCUUGCAGGCUACCCAUGUUCAGCCAGAUGACAUUGGUGCCCACAUGAAUGUAGGAAGAACUUAUAAAAACUUAAACAGAACUAAAGAAGCUGAAGAGUCAUACAUGUUGGCUAAAUCACUAAUGCCUCAGAUUAUUCCUGGUAAAAAAUAUGCAGCCAGAAUUGCCCCUAAUCACCUAAAUGUUUACAUCAAUCUGGCCAACCUUAUUCGAGCAAACGAGUCCCGCCUGGAAGAAGCGGAUCAACUCUACCGACAGGCAAUCAGCAUGAGGCCAGACUUCAAGCAGGCUUACAUUAGCAGGGGAGAGUUGCUUUUGAAAAUGAAUAAGCCUCUCAGAGCAAAAGAAGCAUAUCUUAAAGCACUAGAGCUGGACAGAAAUAAUGCAGAUCUGUGGUACAACUUGGCAAUUGUUUAUAUUGAACUUAAAGAACCAAAUGAAGCUCUGAAGAACUUUAAUCGGGCUUUGGAACUAAACCCCAAACAUAAGCUAGCGCUGUUCAACUCUGCUAUUUUAAUGCAGGAGUCAGGUGAAGUUAAACUCAGACCUGAAGCUAGAAAACGGCUUCUAAAUUACAUAAAUGAAGAGCCACAAGAUGCUAAUGGCUAUUUCAAUUUGGGAAUGCUUGCCAUGGAUGACAAAAAGGAUUCUGAAGCUGAGACUUGGAUGAAGAAAGCUAUCAAAUUGCAACCUGACUUCAGAAGUGCUUUGUUUAACCUGGCACUCCUGUACUCACAGACUGCUAAGGAGUUAAAGGCAUUGCCAAUCUUAGAAGAGCUGCUCAGGUACUAUCCUGACCAUACCAAGGGUCUCAUUUUAAAAGGAGACAUUCUGAUGAACCAAAAGAAGGAUAUACCUGGAGCUAAAAAAUGUUUUGAAAAGAUACUGGAAAUGGAUCCAACCAAUGUGCAAGGAAAACACAAUCUGUGUGUCGUGUACUUUGAGGAGAAGGAGUUACUAAAGGCUGAGAAAUGCCUAGUUGAAACAUUGGCAUUAGCACCUCAUGAGGAAUAUAUUCAACGCCAUCUGAGUAUAGUCAGGGAUAAAAUCUCCUCUUCUGGUAUUAUGGAGCAGCCACUGUCCCCAGUUGAUAAGACUUCAAUUACAGAAAAAAGAGAUGAAAUCCCUUCUGAGGAUGUAAAAGAAAUCAGCAGUGAAUCCAGACCAGCGCUAAUCAUAAAAACAAAUGAUAAAAGAAACUCUAAAUCCAACCAGCAAUCAACAGAAAAUGGUGACCAAGAUACCCCACAUAAAACAACAAAAGACAUCAAAGAAAUUGAGAAGAAAAGAGUUGCUGCUUUGAAAAGGCUGGAAGAGAUUGAACGUAUUUUAAAUGGAGAAUAAUACUCAUUCUGUGUCAUGUAACAGUGUUUCUAAGACCUUCAGUGUACAUCAUGUGUUUGCUUGUACUGGAGACUGAAAAUGUCAAGAAUAUAUACUGAUUCUUCAGAAACUGCAUAAGAUCCUCUAUAUAGGAUCCAAAUGAGAGUUUCAUUGAAGACCUAUCUGUCCCAGGAUGUAUGGUUUAUAAGAUAGGACACCAAUUCUAAUUUGGAUGACUAAAGGAGAAAUCACAAAUUCCAGGUCACAACUUGAAACUUUUAUUAUAGAAAGAAAAAGGUGUGGGUUUAUUAUAGAAAACAAAGGGUUGGGAAGUACUGGUAAGUCUUUCUACUAAUAUGAAUUGAAACAAUAUGGGGUGUCAAAGAUGAACCCUUAUAGAUAAAUCCAGAAUGUACUGGAGUUUGUGAAUUCCCAUUUCUUAACUUUUUUCAUUUUUUUUUUUUUACCUCUUCGGAUCCAAGAAUGGACUGAUACUCAUUGAAGACCUUCUUUUUUCUUCAGUAAUUAUCAUAAACCAAGGGACAUUGAACUGCAAAUGAAUAGUGUUCUCUUUAUGUGUUCUUUGAUUGGGAUUUAGAAGAAAUGGUAGAAAAAACAUUUUAAAGUAAAUCAUACAUCACAUAGAUGACUUGUUAGCUUAGGAAUGCAUUUUUUCCUUCACUCUCAAAUGAAAGCAUUAAGCAGGUAAGGUGUUACACAUACACACUCCUAGUGGUGCUCACUAAUACUGUAGUCUCUCUCUCUCACACUGAGAAGAUACUGACAUAAGCUACGUAACCAUGACUACUUAUUGACACUUGCUCCCCAAAGUCUUCCGCUUCUUGGCAGAAAAAUCCCAAUCAUUCUUUCUGUAAGCUUUAGAGUAAGUAUAGUAAUCUCUUUCAUCUUCGUUUCUCUGGUCUUAAAAUCAGUUUCCUGUUUCCAAACUCAUACUUAAACCUUUCUUAGAUAUCUAAGCCACUACAGUCAGUUUUGUUUAACUGAAGGUAACACAAUGUGACAUUUAAACACUAAAUUCCUCUUAUGGUAUAUAUUUUAUUAAGUAUUUAUUUAACUACUGAUCUUUCAUAGAAAUUUUAAACUUUUAGUUUAAAUUGUUCCCUUGAGUUAACUAAUCUAUAGUUAUAUCUUAGAAACCAUCCUUCUGUAAUGUUUUCUAAGAAAUCUUUUAUAAAUAGGUCACAAGAAACCUGUUCUGCAUUAAAGACCCAUUCCUUUUAGUUUCCCAGAGGACCUGACAUAGAUUUUUUUUUUUUAAAGAUAAUUUAGUUCUAGCACUAAAGCCAGUGGGUGUUGGUUCUUGACCCAAGAGAUUUUGGUAACCAUCAAAGCAGAAUCUUGUUUCAGUUUUUAGAGUGUAUCUUUGUGACUUCAGAUAUGGAGUGGAGAAUACCUCAUGUACUAUAACUUGAAGAUGAAAUUACUGUUCUCUCUGUAUAUCUCUAGAAAAGUUUUUGCUGAUAAUCACUACAAUUAAAAUUCUAAGUGGAGGAACAGCUCAGUAAGUAAAGUCAAAGGAAACCUUUUAUGAUAGCAAACAUAAUAAAAGUUUGAAGACUAUUUUAGUAAAUUUAUAUAGCUAGUCAAGUGAUUAGGAUAAAUAUUAAUAUCCAAUAAUUUUUAUAUAAAAAAUCUUUUAUUAGCACUCAUAAUAAUGUCUGUCAGAAAGAAAGUACUCAUACUUGAAUUUUAAUUUAUUUAAAUCAAAUCCAUCUUGAAUAGCAAUUAUUAAUUAUUACCAAUCAAUGAUACCCAACCUCGUUUCAUAGUAGAAUAAUAUGGGAGCGUUCCUGAAAUUGAAUCAUGCUUCAGUCUUUCCAGAACCUCUGAGUGAUUCGCAUCUGUUGUUAGAGUUCAGGGCUACUGUUCUGUGUUAGUAGUGAUUCUCACCUGUAGUUAGAGUUCAUGGCUGCUGCUCUGUGUUAGUUCAGGAGAGGUCCUGUUUCACUCCUGCGUUAAAUGUGGAAGGUAGUAAUACAACCCAAUUAAGUUUUCAUGGCUUAAAUCCCACUAAAGAAUAUAUUCUAUUGAAAAUAUAAAUAGUAAAUUCUAUCAACCUUGCUUAUGGUCAAAUUAAUAUUUCUUAAGUGCAUGAAAUUUUAUUGAAACUAUUCAGAUGAGAAGAUAUAUCUGUAUCCCCAGCUGCCUCAGAGCUGUCUUUUUGAAGAAAUGAGAACGUAAUCAUUUUAAGCCCAGUUUACUGUCUCAUGGUUUAGCACUUUGGGUAUCUAAAUUAAAAAAAAAAAAAAAAAAGACAUGUCACAGGAUUGUGUGUAGAUAAAAGGAUGUAGGUUUAAUUUUCAACAUUUUACAAACCUACUUAUCGUGAGUUCUAGCAAAGCUUUGACAAUCUUCAAGGAACCAUGUUCAUUUCUCCUUCACUACUCCUCAAAAAAUGGAGUUAAAUUCUAAAUUGCUACUGUAGUUUUUGUUUCCCUGUUAACAUUUAAAAUUGGGAAUUUUCAAAUUUUUCUAUUGAAUAGCCCUACUCACCAACCCUCCUCUUUGAGGUUAGGCCUUAUAAUGUUACCCAAACAGGCUUUGAACUCAAAGGCUCAAGUGAUCCUGUCCCAGCUCCCUGUGGGCCUGGGAAUACUGGCAUGUACAUCCUUGCCCAGUCCCAGCGUGUGGUUUUCUGACGUCAAUGACGUAGACAAUAAAUUGGUAAAUAUAUCACCUUGUUUAACAUUUUAUGUAUUUUAUGUACUCUUCUGUAUUUUGGUAUGUGAAUUACACAAUCUAAUAAAACAUCAUGCCUUUCUUUACAUUUGAGUUUUCAACUUCAUGUUAUAGAAUGCUUCAAAGAUGCUUUAAUGAAAAUUAUUAAGAAUAUAUAGAUUUGUAUGUCAAUUUAUACUUCAAAAAUCCAUAUAUUUGUCAUAUUUAUUUUUUUAUUUGCAUGGCCAAAUGAUAUUUAAAAUGAGCCCCCCAAAUAUCCAGUAACUGUUAAAGUUCUUGUCACCUGUCCAUAUUAAGGGUUCGUUAAAAAGUAGUUUAAAAUUGUAUGCAUUUUUAUAUUACUAUGCUGUUUGUGUGUAUCACAUUUCUAAAUAUUCAUUAUUAAAUUGUUACUUUUGAAAACUUUAAA